UGACGGGAGAUGUAGUUUCUAGGCGAUUAUUGACACUAAACACUGGACCAAAAUCUCCUCCUAGUCUUAAAGUUCAGUUAAGUCUUAAAGUUCAGUUAGGCACACUGUGAUGAGCUUCUUGAAUAGAUCGGUCAGCACAAUAGACAUUUGGUUGGAAAGGCUCGACAACGGAUCCACCGCGCGAAGAAAAGUUGUCGACAGGCAAAUGAAGUGUGAAACUUCUCACUGCUGAAGAAACGCAUUUAAAACGCACUAUAGCCUACUGACAGCGAUCAGGCGAACGUCCUUAAACGCAGUUUUUUUUUCUUCUGUUUUGUACUUUUACGAUCCACGAAAACCUAGACGUAGAGACCUAGACCUCUAUCACGGCUUUUAUUUUAAAUUAAAUAAAAUAAAAGCUUUCUUUCUUUUGGAUAUUUAUGUCAUGUAGUUUAGACUGUUGAAAUGCAGCAAGAGCGGUUACUCAAAGUACUUGUCAUUGGAGAUUUAGGUGUGGGGAAGACUUCCAUCAUAAAGCGUUAUGUGCAUCAGGUUUUUUCUCAACAUUACCGCGCAACUAUAGGUGUGGAUUUUGCUCUGAAAGUCCUGAAUUGGGAUCACCGGACUGUCAUUCGACUGCAGUUGUGGGACAUUGCAGGACAAGAGAGGUAUGGCAACAUGACACGUGUGUAUUACAGAGAGGCCGUAGGGGCGCUUGUGGUUUUUGACAUGACCCGUGCCUCCACUUUCCAAGCUGUGUUGAAAUGGAAAAAAGAUCUUGAUUCUAAAGUUGCCCUUGGCAAUGGGCGUCCCCUGCCAGCUGUCCUGCUGGCCAACAAGUGUGACCAACAGAGACAUGGUUUGUGCUCCAAACUGCCCAAACUCGACAACUUCUCUAGAGACCAUGGAUUUGUGGGUUGGUAUGAGACGUCUGCGAAGGACAACACAAACAUUGAGGCAGCCAUCAUGUGUCUUGUGCAAAAUAUAAUGGCCAUUGAUGUGGAGGAUGUUCCUGUGGAAUCAGAUCCCAGUGUACUGAUCCUGCCUGCUUUUGAUUAUAACCUAAAAGAGCGCAGUGACUCUAGAUGUGCUGUCUGCCCAAAAUUCCAGUCCAGCUGAAAACCAUACAGUAAAUUAUAGAGUAAGAUGGUGAAAAGAACAGAGAACAGAGUGGGAAAGAAAAUUACAAAGAGAGAGAGAGAGAGAGAGAGAGAGCGCGAGCGGUCACACUCUUGGUUGGGCCUUCAAAUUGUGCUAAAGUAAGCCUUUGUGGGAAAGACAAGACCAUGAAGCUUUAACACUUAUAUGCACUUAACAUUUACACAUGCCAAAAACAACAAUGUCAUCAAUAAAACAUGCAGGGUUUACAUAGACUUUUCACUGAUAAAUACUUAAUGUUAUAGACUCACAACUAAAUAAGGCUCUUGCAGCAGAAGCACAUCUGCCUCAACUUUUUGUUUCUAUUAAAGCCUCUGACUUAAAUUCUGCAUGCUGUUUAAAUGCAAUAUACAACAAGCUCGUGUACACUCAACAGAUACUUGAGGCUCUAAAAACACAGUUAAUGUCACCAUGAAAUCAAAAUGGACUAUUCUAAUUUUUUUUUAAUGGGAUAUUACAGUAUUUAUUAUAAAUGAUUUAUCCGUGCACAUCAUUACUUUUUUUUAAAAUUAAUUUGCCCAUGUAAUCUUUAAUUAAAAUUAAAAUAACUACCCCUC